UAUCAGUUGUCACUUUUAGCUAUAAAAAGGCAGUGUUUUGUUUCUCAUCAGCACUUCUAAUAAACAAAAUGGAAAAAUUGGAAGCCCUUAAAAUAUCCUCAAUGAGGCCUAGAACAAAUAUCCUCGAUAGGCCUUUAUCGAAGGGAAAAUCGGAAGUUUCCCAAAGUAUAGUGGCUUUGUUGUUUAGUGAGAUUGUGCAGUACUGCCAAAGUAAGGUUUACACAGUGCCAGAGCUGCAAAAUCGUUUACACGAAUUAGGCCAAGACGUGGGUACACGAGUUAUUGAUCUAUAUUUCAUGAGGGAGCGCAGUUCGAAGAGGGAAACCAAAUUAACACAGAUGUUACUUUUCGUAAAAACCACUGUGUGGAAGAAUCUCUUCGGCAAGGAAGCUGAAAAACUUGAACAUGCCAACGAUGAUGAACGCACCUACUACAUCAUUGAAAAGCAGCCGUUGGUCAAUACCUACAUUAGUGUGCCCAAAGACAAGGGAACCCUAAAUUGUGCCAAUUUUACGGCAGGUAUUGUUGAGGCCGUACUAACACAUUGCGGAUUUCCCUGCAAAGUAACUGCUCAUUGGCACAAGGGAACCACAUACAUGAUAAAAUUUGAGGACUUUGUUAUUGCCCGCGACAAACAAUUGGAAGAAAAAUAAUUUAAUGGAAAUGUUUUCAAAAUUCCUUUAGAAAUAAGAAUGAAACUAUUCAUUACACUCAAUGUAUUCCACCACGGUGUGUAACAUUAUAAUUGAAUAAAAAUUUAAAUUUUAAUGGAGAUACCCAUAUUCACCUAAA